AGUUUUCGUUCCCGUUUUGAUUUGACAGACAGAGAAAAAAAGCAAAAUUUUUUAUCGAUGCGUGUUUCUUGCGUGAAUUCCUUUUUCUAUUUUUGUUCGCAAAUUUGCUCCUUGAAAUUCGUUUAGAAUCAGCUGCAAACGCAAUGAAUAACAAGUAGACCAAAGUGAUUUUUGAAGUGAAAAAGUUUUACCACGAAAGGCAGCUAUUUGGAGUGUUCGGUGGAAGUUUUAUUCAACACAAAGUGGCCGAGUUCUUUCCAUAAUAGAAAACAAGGCGGCGGACAAGCAAAAUGGAUGUACGCACAAUCGAAGAGGCGGUUCUCGCCUUUUAUCGAAGUGGGACGCGCCAGCAGGAAGAUACCCACCAGUGGUUGCAGCAGAUCCAGGAAAGUCCACAGGCGUGGUCCUUCUGCUGGGAGCUGAUGCAGCUAAACAAACCGUCGGAGAUCCAGUUCUUCGGAGCGAUCACACUGCACUCCAAGCUUACCAAACACUGGGCCGAAGUUCCGAAAGAGGCCCACAACGAGUUCAAACAGAAGCUGCUGGAGAGUAUAGUGCUGUUCGGGAAUGGGCCCAAAAUUGUGCUCAGCCAGCUGUGCAUUUCGAUGAGCGUUUUUAUAGUGCACAUGCUGGAACAUCCGACCGUGAUCGAGGAAGUUACCGGCAUGUUUCUGAACGAGCAGCUUGGAACCCUGUCGAAGAAUACCCAGCUAGAAAUCCUCAUGUCCGUACUGGAGGGCAUACCGGACGAGGCAGAUUCGGUCCACACGCGCAUCCCACGAUCAAUGGUGCGCGAAGAGUUGAACAAAAAGGCCGAAUUCGCCACCGGGACGGUAAUAAACUAUCUCAGCGAGAAACUCAACAGCGGUCGAAUCGACGAGAGCGAAACCAGCGCGUUGAUCAACGCUACCAAAAGCUUGUCCACGUGGCUCAAAUAUGGUAACAUCCGUUUGGACGGGUGCGAAACUAUGGUGCAGGUUCUGUUGAAGCUGAUCCAUUACUGCUACUGGAAGGAGCCCAAAGAAGAUGGAUGUCUUUCCCAGGAGGACAAUGACCUUGCGGAGACGGCUGUUAAAGCACUAGUGAAAAUUAUGAGCUCACAACACAGUAAUGGUUAUAAAUAUUCGGCAACCGUCAUUCGAUUUAUGCGCCUUUUUCUGGACGUGCUAGGACCGAUUUUGGACGUCGAAUGGAAGGAGGACAACGAGAACGAAAAUCUAGCUUUUGUGAUCUACACACUUUUUUUGUCGACACUGGAGUGCUACUCGUCGAUCAUUUUUGCUGGAAUACUGUCCGACGACGAAGAACUAGUAAAAGUCUACAGCCGAACUGUAGAUCUGGUGGUGAAAUGUACCGAUAAACCUGGGACUUAUCCGUUGGAUGAAUCCUGCAGUACGCUGGCCAUGGAAUUCUGGUACAUGCUGCAGGACGAAGUGCUCUCGAUGCCAAAUGACGAAAAGAAAGUGAAACGGUGGGAGGCUAUCAAACCAGUAUACGUUCAUAUAGUGAAAGUUUUAAUUAAAAAGAGCCAGCUGCCAAAUGAGAAAGCGUUGCACAAAUGGAACUCUGAUGAUUUGGAGACGUUUAGGUGCUACCGACAGGACAUUGGCGAUACGUUACUCUCCUGUCAUGACGUGUUAAAUGAUUUAAUGUUGGAUGUCCUUUCCGAGGCCCUGGACGAAUCCAUUGCUUAUCUAAACUUUGACCCGCAAAAUACCGACAACUGGCCGUUGCUCGAAGCUACCAUCCACGCGUACUGCUCAAUUGCACAGAAAAUCGAAUAUGCCGAGUACCCACAGAUCGUUAAGCUGCUCAAAGUUUUGAACGAAAUCCCCUACGAGAAAUACAGUGAUAAGCUGCUUGGAAUGGCCCUGGAAACGGCAGGAGCGUACAGCGAUUGGAUCAGUGACAACCCCAAAUAUCUCCCGCCAGCAAUCGAGUUGCUCGUCCGAGGACUCAGCUCGACUCAGGCCUCCCAAGCCACUCUGGGUCUCAAAGAUCUCACAUCCGAAUGCCAAAAGGAAAUGGCCCCGUUUGCAUUGCCCCUGCUGGACGCAUGUCGGGCUGCUCUACAGGGAAACCAUCUGAAGAACUCCGAAAUGAUACGUUUGAUGUACACCGUGGGUAACAUCAUGAGUGUCAUAUCGUACGAAAACAUUCUCCAGUAUCUCGAUCUGAUGGUGUCGCCCUGUUUCGAAGAGCUUCAGAUGAUCGUACAAAAUCAAGACACCAGCAAUGUUGCACGAGGUCGCAUUGUCCUUCGGUUGGAAAUGAUCGCCAAACUGUUCUCAUCACUCAACACCAAAAAACCGGCCGGCCAAGAAGAAGAAGGCUUGCCCAUUGCUCGACCCAACACCCAAUCACCGCAAACUACAACUCCGGUGCAACCGAUUCUGCUAAUACUGGAGAAAACCAUGGGCCUGUUGAAGACCCUCUGCACAAUGUGGCUGCACGACGAAAGUGUCGUGGAAACGUUGUGCAAAGCACUGCAACAGGCGCUCACCAACCUGAUGGAAGACAUCAAGCCCCUGCUGAACGACAUGUGCUGCCUGAUUUUGCUCAUCUUCGCCAACAAGUGUGCACCAUCUGCGGUGGAGAUGGCCGGCAAUUUUAUUUUAAUUUUCUACAACGAUCCUGAGAGCAAGGAAAGUAUGAAGCAGCUGUUCAUUGCUAUUAUGGAAUACAACUUUGGCCAAAUGAAGCAAUACGACGACCAGCAAAAGCUCUCCGAUGUGGCGGAUUUGAUAGAAACUUUCUUCCUGUUCAACACACGCAUCACAAAGAAAAUGUCCAAAUGCUACGGCGAAACACAGGCAGACUGCACACGACUAAUAGAGUAUGCGAUGAAAAGCAUGAUGCUGCCGGAAACAGGUCCCAUCAAGAAAAGCGUGGGAUUCCUGUCGAUAUUUAUCAAAGAGUCCCGAAAUUGCCCCCUCAUGAUGAAUGCCGUAGUGGCGCAGGGUGAAAAUCUUCUCAGCAAUACCUUCCUCUGUUUAGGUGGUUAUACCCCUCGAGCCCACGUGGACGUUUUUGCGGACAUUUUCCUUGCCCUCAACUACAAGUAUCCAAGCGAUUUUAACAGGUGGAUAAAGAUUCUCGAAAAGCCAAACUUCCCCACGUUAUUCGUAAGUCAAGCGGACAAAGAACUGUUCAUCAAAAAAGUACUCAAGGAAAAGGUGAACCGGCGGUUAGUGCAAGAGCAUGUCCGCAAGUUUGCAGCACUCUGUCGGAACGCAGUGGAAUGGGAGAUAGACUACCGAACAAGCUAAUAAGUGAAGCCGGGAGCAGCAAAACCGGAAAUAGCCAGAUGCUGGGUUCUUUCGAAUGUGAUUUUAGAAUUUAGGUUUAGGACGUGAAGAUUGUGACGCCAAGUCAAGCCGAAGCAAUGUGUAUUAUUUGACGUUAGUACCGUUAGUAGGUAUGUACCUUGUAGUUUGUGAAACGAACAAUGCUCCGUUCGUUUCGUUGCAUCAUCACCCUCCUUCGAAGUCUCCCUCCUAAUAGAGUUACAAGUGAUACGUAAUGUAAUUUCCUUACUUCGAUGUGAAUUUACUCAGCGAAUAAUGAUUUUAUUUUACCAGUAACGUA